AGAGAACAAACCAAAACAAAAAUAUCGAACCAUCACCAGCAGAAUCUUAGCUGGAUUCAUCACUCUCCUCUAAAGUUUCUCUCUUUUCUUCUCUCAGAUCUUGAAGAACAAAGAAGAAGAAGAAAAACACAAUGCUCUUCUUCUUCUACUUACUCUUAUCUUUAUCCUCCGAUCUAGUUCUCGCCGACCGUCGUGUCCUCCACGAACCAUUCUUCCCUAUAGAUUCACCACCACCGUCACCACCAUCACCACCACCGCUUCCUAAGCUACCAUUCUCUUCCACUACUCCACCAUCUCCAGACCCAAAUACUUCACCUUUCUUCCCUUUAUACCCUUCAUCUCCACCACCACCAUCACCAGCCUCAUUCGCUUCUUUUCCGGCGAAUAUCUCAUCUCUAAUCGUCCCUCACGCUACUAAAUCUCCUCCCAACUCCAAAAAACUCCUUAUAGUCGCUAUCUCCGCCGUCUCCUCCGCCGCUUUAGUCGCUGUACUUAUAGCUUUACUCUAUUGGCGAAGAAGAAGAACCAACCAAGAUCUUAACUUCUCCGAUGAUAGCAAAACUUACACCACCGACAGUAGCCGUAGAGUCUACCCUCCUCCUCCUCCGGCAACAGCUGCUCCAACACGACGCAAUGCGGAGGCUAGAAGUAAACAGAGGACCACGACGACGACGAGCUCCACAAAUAACAGCUCUGAGUUUCUUUACUUAGGAACAAUGGUGAAUCAAAGAGGAAUUGAAGAACAAUCUCUUAGUAAUAAUGGAUCAAGCUCAAGAAAACUUGAAUCUCCAGAUCUUCAACCACUUCCUCCAUUAAUGAAACGAAGUUUCCGGUUAAAUCCAGAUGUUGGUUCAAUCGGAGAAGAAGAAGAAGAAGAGUUUUACUCUCCACGUGGCUCACAAAGCGGGCGAGAACCGUUAAACCGGGUCGGAGUUCCGGGUCAAAACCCUAGAUCUGUUAACAAUGAUACUAUCUCUUGCUCAUCUUCAAGCUCUGGUUCACCAGGAAGAUCAACGUUUAUUAGUAUCUCUCCUUCAAUGAGUCCUAAAAGAUCUGAACCAAAACCUGUAGUAAUCACCACACCAGAACCACCGGCAAGGAUUUCUCCGGCGGAGUUAACAGAUUAUCGAUUUGUUCGGUCUCCGUCACUGUCGUUAGCUUCUUUAUCGUCGGGAUUUUGUCCGGUGAAAAACUCCGAUGAAGGAGGAUUGAAUCAAAUCUCUAGAUCUCCGACGGUUACGUCACUCACAGCUUCACCGGAGAAUAACAAAAAAGAGAACUCUCCGUUAUCAUCUGCUUCAACUUCGCCGGAACGACGACCUAAUGAUACACCGGAAGCUUACUUGAGGUCUCCUUCGCAUUCUUCUGCUUCUACAUCACCGUAUAGAUGUUUUCAGAAAUCUCCGGAGGUGUUACCGGCGUUUAUGAGUAAUCUCCGGCAAGGUUUGCAAUCUCAGUUACUAUCUUCUCCUUCAAAUUCUCAUGGAGGACAAGGUUUCCUUAAGCAGUUAGAUGCAUUACGUUCUCGUUCACCGUCAUCUUCUUCUUCAUCAGUUUGUUCUUCACCGGAGAAAGCUUCUCACAAGUCACCGGUUACAUCUCCCAAGUUGUCUUCCCGGAAUUCGCAGUCUCUAGCAUCAUCUCCGGAUAGAGAUUUUAGUCAUAGCUUAGAUGUAUCACCACGGAUUUCGAACAUUUCACCUCAAAUAUUACAGUCUCGAGUGCCUCCGCCUCCGCCACCUCCUCCACCAUUGUGGGGACGACGGAAUCAGGUGACUCAUAAGGCGGAGCCAAUCUCGAAACCGCCUUCUCUUACGCCGCCUUCACAUCCUUUUGUGAUCUCAUCCGAAAACUUACCAGUGACUUCUCCUAUGGAGACUCCAGAGACGGUUAGUGCCAGUGAGCCAGCGGAGGAAACUCCGAAACCGAAGCUAAAGGCGUUACAUUGGGAUAAAGUAAGAGCAAGUUCGGAUCGUGAGAUGGUUUGGGAUCAUCUUCGAUCAAGCUCUUUCAAAUUAGAUGAAGAGAUGAUUGAGACGUUGUUUGUGGCAAAGUCGUUAGAUAACAAACUAAAUCAGAGUCAGACAACUCCAAGAUGUGUUCUCCCGAGCCCAAACCAAGAGAACAGAGUCUUGGACCCUAAGAAGGCUCAGAAUAUUGCGAUCUUGCUUCGCGCACUUAAUGUCACUAUAGAAGAAGUUUGUGAGGCUCUUCUUGAAGGCAAUGCUGAUACACUUGGGACUGAACUUCUUGAGAGCUUACUGAAGAUGGCACCGACAAAAGAAGAAGAACGCAAAUUGAAAGCGUAUAAGGAUGAUUCGCCCGUUAAGCUUGGACAUGCUGAGAAAUUCCUUAAGGCAAUGCUGGACAUCCCUUUUGCCUUUAAAAGAGUUGAUGCGAUGCUCUAUGUUGCUAACUUUGAGUCUGAGGUUGAAUAUCUGAAGAAAUCUUUUGUGACUCUUGAGGCUGCUUGUGAGGAACUGAGGAACAGCAGGAUGUUCUUAAAGCUUCUCGAAGCUGUUCUAAAGACAGGAAACCGUAUGAACGUUGGGACAAACCGAGGGGAUGCUCAUGCGUUCAAGCUUGACACACUCCUCAAGCUAGUCGAUGUCAAAGGCGCUGAUGGGAAAACAACUCUCUUGCAUUUCGUUGUACAAGAGAUAAUCAGAGCAGAAGGCACACGUCUCUCAGGUAACAAUACAGAUGACAUCAAAUGCAGGAAACUAGGCCUCCAAGUCGUAUCAAGUCUCUGUUCAGAGCUAAGUAACGUUAAGAAAGCUGCUGCAAUGGACUCAGAAGUACUAAGCAGCUACGUCUCCAAGCUUUCUCAAGGGAUCGCCAAGAUUAACGAAGCUAUCAAAGUCCAAUCAACGAUCAUAGAAGAAAGCAACAGUCAGAGAUUUUCGGAAUCGAUGAACACGUUUCUGAAAAGAGCUGAGGAAGAGAUCAUCAGAGUACAAGCUCAAGAGAGCGUCGCGUUAUCUCUCGUGAAAGAAAUCACAGAGUAUUUCCACGGAAACUCGGCUAAAGAAGAAGCGCAUCCGUUUAGAAUAUUCUUGGUGGUUAGAGACUUCCUUGGAGUAGUAGACAGAGUCUGCAAAGAAGUAGGGAUGAUAAACGAAAGAACAAUGGUUAGUUCUGCUCAUAAGUUUCCAGUACCAGUGAAUCCAAUGCUUCCACAACCUCUUCCUGGACUCGUUGGACGAAGACAAUCUUCUUCUUCGUCGUCUUCUUCUUCCGCUUCGUCAUCAGAUGACGAACAUAACUCAUCUCAUUAGUUUCUUUAAGGUGAGAUCUCAGCUUUUGUAUGUGCAUGUUGUUGUAAAAAGUAUCCAGCAAUGGAUUGUUUUG